AUGGAUUGCUCGGUUUCUCUCGGUUAUUAUAACAACUUAUUCCUAGCUUGGCUUACUCCUCAAACGACUAAUCACAUGUCCCGAAACUUCAAUGUGAUUCCCAGUUAUAGUCAAGAUGUGGAUUCAGGAAUUCGAUAUGCGUCCCAUCAAUUGACAAUCGAAAAUGUGACUGCUGAAGAUUUUGGUGACUACGAAUGCCGCUAUUUUAAAUAUGCGUCUAUUGAAACAGCUAAAGUCACUUUGACACCUCAUGAACGAAAGCAUCUGGAAAUAUCAAUGUCGGUUCCCAAUGCACGACCAAAAAUUGAGGGACUGAAAAAACAAUCGAGUUACUCGUUAAAUGAAGAAGCAAAGUUCCACUGUCAAGCUAGAGGGAAUCCUGUUCCGAAUAUCACAUGGAAGUAUUGGGAUGAACGCCUAAACUUGGUACCAAUUGAAUUUAAUCAGAUUACUGAGACAGGACCCAAGAUCGGUGAAGUGUCUUCUACUGUAAAUGUGAAAAUCAAUAAGGCUGGUUCUAUUCGUUGCACAGCAGAUAAUAUUCAUGGAAAAGAUAUUCUCAGAGAAAAGAUUGUUAUCAAAAAGCCUACUACUGACUUCAAAAAUUUUGAUUUCGAUGAGACACUUGAAAAAAAACCAGGAUUCUUACAGAUAGACACUGAAGAUUCAGAUUCCGGAUCGAAGAAUCCUGAUGUCAAAGAUAUUGCAUCCGGUAUUGAAUCGAUGAAUCCUAUCAAGCCAAAUAACAUUGAUCUGUACAUGUUAGGCACAGUGAACCAAGAAAUAAUUACAACUAAAGGUAGUACUGUCGCGAUGCAUUGCAGUGCAUCAAUUGAAAAGUUCCCUAAUGGUAUCAAAUGGUUCAACAAUACCAAUCUGUUGGCAACUGAUGGGAGAAUUACGAUAAGUGAUACCAAAGCAUCGCAAUCGCAUUCAUCACAACUAACCAUAGCAGACGUCGCGAAAUGGGACGAAGGUGACUACAGUUGUGAAGGAAGGAUGGAUGAUGGUUUUACUGUUGGAAAUUUUUAUCGCUUACAGGUUAAUGCCUCUGCUGUGUUCUCAGCGUCG